CGUUCUCCCGCAGGGUCCUGCUGCCGCCGGUCGCCUCCUCCCGUUGUUUCCUCGCCAUGAAGGUCGCCACAGCCGCCCCCUCGCCGCUGCCCGCGGGCGCCGGCGGCGCGCUGAAGGCGAUGAGACCCGGGGAGGCCGCUCGUUGCGGGCCAGGCCCGGGGGUGUCCCCGGGGGCGUCCCCGGGGGCGGCGGAACAAGCGGCCGCCGCGCUGCUGUACGACAUGAAGGGCUGCUACUCGCGGCUGCGGGCGCUGGUGCCGACGCUGCCGCGGCACCGGCGGGUCUCCAAGGUGGAGCUGCUGCAGCACGUUAUCGACUACAUCUGGGAUUUGCAGCUGGCGCUGCAGCGCGGGCCCCCCCGCCCCGCCGCCGCCACCGGGGACACCCCCGAGGCUCCGUGUAUUCCCGCUGCCGACCGGAUCCUGUGCCGCUGAGACCGCUCCGGACCCGCCACGGACAUCCCCGGGACCCCGGCGGCACCGAGCAGCGUCGCGGCUCACCCGCAUCCCGGGACCCCCGGGGCACAACCGGGGUCGGCAGUCGCGGUCCCCUCCUCUGGUGGGAUUGCCCCCCCGGGAGGGGGGGGUCCACCCGCAGCCUGGGGCAGGAGGCGCUGCCCGGUGGGCACGGGACGUAUCCUUCUCAGAUUGCUGAGAGCAUUCCCCGUAUUGUAUAUUACAAUGAUGCUGGAGAAUAUUGUUCUACAAUAGCUGGAGUUUUGUUAUUAAACAAGCCCUGAUGACCAGGCA